CUACAUCUACCAGGAAUGUGACAAUGUGGCAAAUGGGCGUAACACUCGUCUGCUGAGCCCCACGUUCUUCUUAACGGCGACGGAGCAGAUAUGCGUCCAAUUCCGAUAUUACAUGUACGGCUUGGACAAUUCCAAUGUGUUGAGGCUACUGGCGAAGAGGCCGAAUCGCGAGGACGAGCUGUGGGUGAAAACUGGUUUCCAGAGUCCAUCGUGGCUGAAGGGUGCCGUCACCGUGUCCAAUUCCACAAAUCAAGAGCUCACUAUUGUCUUUGAGGCUCAGCGGGGCUCAACCGCUUCCUGCGAUUCGGCACUUGACAACAUCAUCAUUAGUGAAGGAGCAUGUCCCACUUGCAUUUCUGGCUGCGACUUUGACAUUACGGAUGACUUCUGUGGGUGGUCUUUAUUCGUACCUGACAAUAGCAUAUAUGGCUUUGAGCAAUGGUCUGGCCAAACCGAAACUGAAGGGACAGGACCUGAUGAUGACUUCUCCACGCCGGGAUUUGGAUCGUACAUGCUGAUGGAUUCUUCCUCUGCUGUGCCUGGACUUGAUGGGCAAAUCCUAAGUCCUGUGAUACACCAUUCCUCUGGGUGCCUGCAGCUUACGUUCCAUUACUAUUUAUAUGGCACCAGCCAGACCAUGCAGCUCAGAGUCCACCCCUUGAAAG